GUAAUAAAUUUAUUUAUUAUUCUUUGUGAAUUAGUGCUAAUUGCGUAUGAGUAGAGAAAAUGGGAAAAUACAUACGGGCAUUAAUCAUUUUUUUAUUGUUGAAUAUUGAUAAAAUUGAAAAUACUUCUAAUCAUCAGCUUUUCCACGAAACAAUUGAUAAUGAAAAAGUAAUAUUUCUCAAUUAUGGUGACAAUAGUACAAAGGAUAAUCAACGAUAUCAGUUAUCAAUGAAUCCCGAGAAACAUUUUCAAAGAAAAAUCAAUUUUCUAGCAGAAAUUUUAAAAAAUUACGUCGAUCAAUUGCGAACAAAUUUGGAGCAGGUGGACCUUGUAUUUCUCGUGGACGCUUCCUCUUCAGUGGGAUUGGAAAACUUUAAAAGUGAAUUAAAUUUCGUGAAAAAAUUAUUGUCAGACUUCACCGUUGAACCAUCGGGUACCAGAGUGGCGAUUGUCACUUUUGCCGGUAGAAAAAACGUCCAUCGCAAUGUUGAUCAAAUUUCUGAAAAUGAACCAAAUAGUCAAAAAUGUCAGUUAUUGGGUAAACAAUUGGGAAACAUUAAAUACACAGGCGGUGGCACUUUUACAAUGGGAGCACUAUUGGAAGCUUUGGAUAUUCUUGAGAAGAGUAGGAACGAAACAAAAAAGGCUGUUUUUCUAAUAACUGACGGCUACAGCAAUGGAGGCGAUCCACGAGCAGCAGCGCAACUUUUGAAAGAAUCUGGAGUCACGAUAUUUACUUUCGGCAUUGGCACAGGAAAUGUGGAGGAACUUUUCGACAUUGCCAGUGAACCUGGGCACAUGCACAGUUAUUUGCUGGAUAGUUUCUCCGAAUUCGACGCUUUGGCUCGUCGUGCUCUUCACAGAGAUUUGAAGGCUGGCAAAUACGUGCAAGUGAAGGGAGCAGACGAUUGUGAUUCGUUGUGCGAGGAAAAAACAAAUGGCACUGAAAGCUGUUGUGAUGAAUUGGCGACUUGCAGCUGCGGAACUGCGACUGGACAUUAUGCCUGCUUGUGUCCUUUGGGAUACUAUGGAUCGGGGCUAAAAGGCUUUUGUCAACCCUGUCCGAAUGGAACCUACGGAUUCGAAACUAUUCCUGGGGAUUGGAUUUCUGCAUGUAAUGUUUGUCCCGACGUUAAUCAUGUUACAAAAAAAGUCCCUGCAAUCGACGUGGAGGACUGUGUCUGCACUUCUGGAUUCGUUGCGAAUGGUAGUAAAUGUGAAGUCAUCAAGUGUUCGAAACUAGAAGCACCGGACAAUGGAUAUUUCGUGAAGGGAAACGAAUGCAAUAAUGUUGUAAACGCCGCUUGUGGAAUAAGAUGUCGAAUUGGAUUUCAUUUAACUGGUGACAGUAUUCGACUGUGCCGGAAUAAUGGCACAUGGUCUGGAAUAGAACCUCAAUGCCUAGUGAAAACUUGUCCCUCCUUAAAAAUCCCAUCGCAUGGGAAAAUGAUGUGCACUCACGAUGAUCAAAAUGAACAAAGAAUGCUAAAUAAUUUCACAACUUCACAGCCAAUUGACACUCGAUGUGAGUUUCAAUGUGAAAAGGGUUUUCAACUUCGUGGGAGUAAAGUUCGCAAUUGUUUACCGCUUUCUAGAUGGGAUGGACUUCCAACUUCUUGUAAAGAAAUCAAUUGUCAGCCAUUGACUCCAAUUACAAGUGGAUUAAUAACUCCGGAAAUUUGUUUGGGGCCCCAAAGAAUUCCAUUUGAAACAAACUGCAAAAUUCACUGUAAAAAUGGUUAUGAAUUACAAGGACCACAUAACAGAACCUGUAUUGGUCGUCAUGGAAUAUGGUCGAAUCGUCAUAAUCACAAUCAAUGUCUUGAUAAAACACCGCCCAAUUUAACAUGUCCGGAAAGUAUAACAGCCAGUUCUCUGCCGGGGAAAAAUUUCACCUUCGUUAAUUGGACAAUUCCAAUUGCCAGCGACAAUUCAGAACUCGUUCCCCUUGUUUGGAGCAAACCGAACAUUGUUUUUCCAUGGAGAGCAGAAAUUGGUACACACGCGAUUACAUAUUUUGCUCAGGACGAUAGUGAAAAUAAAAUUCAGUGUCAAAUGUUUGUUAAUAUCACUGAUAAUGAAUCGCCGAUUGUAGAAAAUUGUGAAAGUCCACCAGUUUUCUUGUCAGAAAGUGCAAUGGGCGCUGGAAAUGUAACGUGGGAUGAGCCAGUUUUUUAUGACAAUUCCGGAUAUCAGUUAAAAAUAGAGAAAAGUCACAUUCCUGGAAUGGAAUCUUUUCCAGUAGGAAUAACAAAAGUGACUUAUAAUGCAACGGAUGAGUUUGGAAACACCGAAAGUUGUCGUUUUAACAUAACAGUGGAAGAUUCUUGUCAAGAUGUACCAACGCCUUCAAAUGCAUUUUCAAAAUGUCAUGACGAAGAUAAAAACGGUCAAGUUCACUGUGUAAUUACUUGCGACAAAGGAUAUGCUUUUGUAUUCGAUUCGAUAGAUUCUUUUCAAUCGGAAGAAAAUUUAAUUCUCACAUGCAAUUUUGUGAGUCAUUCUUGGAAUUACAGUUUUUUGCCCGAUUGUUCAGUCACACAAAUACCACAAUCAAUCUCUCAGGAUGCUGUCGCAAUUUUUGAAGGACAAAUUUGUGACAACUCUUCAUUAUUAGAAAAUUUGACUGAAAGUAUAAACAAGGAUUUGACCUCAAAAUUAUUGGAAGUGUGUGGAAAUGAAAUUGACUGUACUUUAGUUAAAAUUGAACCAAAAUGUGAAACAGAAAUUUCCGAUAAUACGAAUCAAUCGAUUAUUUUAAAUCGAACGAAAAGAUUUAUUUCCAAAACACAAAAAUUUAAAGUAGUACAAAAUUUACAAGAGACAAAUGAUAGUGAAACAGAAAUUAAUAGUUUACAACAUAGGAAAGAGAGGCUUGUAAUUAAAUUUAAAUUUAUAGGAAAAAAUGCAGACAAUCAUGGAACAAAUUCUAAUCAAGGGACAGCAAAAAUACAAGAAAAGUUACAAAAGCUAUCGGAAUCAAAUUUAUUUAAUAAAGAAACAAAGCAAACGAUUGAAAAUUUAUCAUUAAAUUAUCACACAAUGUUUAAGGAAACGUUAAAUAUUUGUGAACCUGGUAGUAUUAUGAGAACAUACGAUUGUGUAAAAUGUCCUGCAGGGACUUUUCACAAUUUAAUAAAAAAUUACUGUCAAUCGUGCAAAAUUGGAGAUUAUCAGGAUUCGAUCGGUUCAAUCGAAUGCAAAAAGUGUCCUAAUUUUACUACAACUUGGAAAAUUCGUGGCAAAUCUCUAAAGGAUUGUAAACCACUUUGUCAACCGGGUUACUAUUCUCAUAGAAAAAAAUAUAAAAAAUUAGGACUCGCCCCUUGCACUUCUUGCGAAAUUGGCUUCUUUCAAUCGAACUAUGGUCAAAGUGUUUGUAAAAAAUGUCCCGAAAAUUUCACAACUGUUCAUCGGGGCUCCAAAAGUCAAGAUAGUUGUAUGCCUAUAAUGCAUAAUCCAUGUGAUUUUAAUUUAUGUCAAAAUGGAGGCACUUGUCAGCGAGAAGUGAACGAUUUUAGCUGUGAUUGUCCAAAAUAUUUUAUUGGCUCCAGAUGUGAAACAUUUAAAGAUCCUUGCAGUUCUUCGCCGUGUUUGCAAAAUGGGAGUUGCAUUUUACAAAAUCAAACUAAAAUUGAUUAUGAAUAUGUAUGCAAAUGCAAAACUGGAUAUGCGGGAAAAAACUGUCAAUUUUACAUUGAUGAAUGUGCACAAAAUCCAUGUAAAAAUGGAGGAACUUGCAAAAGCUCUGACCUGGAUUUUCAUUGCGAUUGUCGACACGGGUUCGAAGGUGAAUUUUGUGAAAUAGAAUCAAAUUACUGUGAACUCUCACCUUGUGAAGAGGGUUCAACUUGCAUUAGUAGCAAUAAAACAUGGCGAUGUUUAUGCAAACCAGGAUAUUUAGGUCGAUAUUGUAAUUUAUUGCCAUGUGAUUGGGCGCCAUGUUUGCAAAACUCAGUUUGCGAGAAUAUCGUAGAGCCUCGAGCUAAUCCUAAAAGUUACAGAUGCGAAUGUCCCGAUGGAUACACUGGCAAAGAUUGUCUAACAAGAAUAAAUUAUUGUAACCAAAUGCCAUGUAAAAAUGGUGGCAAGUGCAUUAGUACUCCUCUAAAUUACACCUGUCAGUGUCCUCAAAUUUUUACGGGUCCCAAUUGUGAAAAUGAACUCUCAUUAAAUUAUGUGAUGCAAUUUACAAAAUCCGGAACGACUGAUUAUGUUAAAUGGACAAAUUUGAAAGAAGAUUUGUCCGAGUUGAGUGUGUGUCUCUGGAUUCAAUCUUUGGAUAAAUUUAAUUACGGAACAGUCUUGUCUUAUGCAAAUCAGAUCUAUGACAAUGCUGUCACACUUACUGAUUACAAUGGUUUUGUCUUCUACAUCAAUGGACAAAAAGUAAUCACGGAUAUAACAGCAAACGAUGGUUAUUGGCACUUUUUGUGUUUCACUUGGCAGGGAAGCAAUGGCCAAUGGAAUGCUUAUCUUGAUGGUAAACUUUUUACCAAUGGUACAUCACUAUCCAAUGGGACUCUAAUUAAAGGAGACGGAAUUUUGAUCGUUGGUCAAGAACAAGAUAAAAUUGGUGGGCAAUUGUCCGAAUCGGAAUCAUUUAUUGGAAAAAUAGCACAUCUUAAUUUGUGGGACACGGUUUUGGAGAGAGAGGCAAUUGAAAAUUUUGGUGAAACUUGUAAAAAUUAUUUUGGAAAUUUAUAUGCAUGGGCAAAAAUGAGAGAGAAUAUUCACGGCAAUAUUAGGAUUUUGCAGAGUGAGUUUUGCAAGGGUUGUCCCGAAUUGAUGGCACCUUCCAAGGGAAACGUAAGUAUUAGUGAAAAAUUGGAAGCAACCUACACGUGUGAUGAGGGAUAUCUUGUAAAAGUCGGACGACAAGAAAUGAAAGUUUUGAAAAGGAAGUGUCUUCUGCAAGGUGAAUGGGAAGGUCACUAUACACCAAUUUGCGGUAGAGUCAAAUGUGGCUUUCCGGGUUAUUUUCCACGAGGACACAUACGAGGACGAUCUUAUCUUUUCGGUGACGAAAUUAAUUAUUUCUGUAACGAGGGUUACGAACUCAAGGGUAAUGUCCAUCGAAUUUGUAAUUCCAAUGGAGAAUGGAGUGGACAACAACCGUUUUGCGUCGGCAUCACCUGCAAGAAUCUCUUGGCCCCAGAAAACGGUGAUAUCGAAUACAUAAUUGAAGAGCAUGAAACAAACGACACAACACUAUUGCAGGUUGGACAACAAUUAGAAUUCAAAUGUAAUUCCGGCUUUCGACUGCAUGGUGAAAAUAUUUUGACCUGUCUAGAAAGUGGACUUUGGGAUUACGAGAUUCCUAAGUGCCUAAGUUUUGGUUGUCCACUUCCAAAAACAAUUAAUAAUGGAUACAUUGCGACAGUCAUUUCGGACUCAGAAAACAAUUUAAGAGAUAAAAAUGACACGGUAUUUUUCAACAAUGACAUCGUGGGAAUUUCUUGUAUGCCCGGUUUUAAAUUUCAAGGGAAUCACAACCUCGUUGCGGAGUUUCGUCUUCAAUGCACCAGUUCGAGUAGAUGGAUGGGUUUUGUGCCAAAUUGCGUGCCCCGGAAAUGUCCAUUGCCAAAAUUGCCAAUAAAUGGCAGGAUUCUACUUCAGUUGACAAACAAGACAACUAUCGAAAUCGAUGACAAACACACAAAUUCCUCUGUAUUGGAAAAAAUUCACGAUAUUGAAAGUUCCCUUAGUCCCGGUACUCGAAUUUCAAUAGAAUGUCAAAGUGGUUUUAGAAUAAAUGGAAAUAAUUCGGGUAUUUGUACACUUAACGAAACAUGGACGAACGAUUUAAGUUUUUGUCAAAUACAAAAAUGUCCCCUUAAAAUAUCACCAAUUUUGCCAGUUUUUGAUAAAUUUUUCGGAAAAAGUGAACAAGUUUGGCAAGAAAAACGAGAUAUUAGCCACAUUUUUGGGAAUUUUCUUGUUCGAUUCGAAGGAAAUUUUUAUGAUGAUAGAAUAAUUUUCUCCUGCCACAAUCAAACAAUUUUCCAAAUUGAAAAUAGGAGAUUUCUCGAAAUUCAAUGGAAAUGCAGUGAAGAUGGAAUUUGGAAUUUCGAGAAUCGGGAAAUGAUCCAAGAAAGUAAAAUUUUAGAUUCACUUUUUGAGAAAGGGGGGGAAAUAUGUGAGACCGUCAAAUGCACGAGACCGAAGAUUUCAGACAAUUCUUAUAUCGUCAAUGAUGACAGAGAAGAAUUUAAUAAAACUUUCUAUAUCGAUGAUAUUUUGCACUUUAAAUGUCGUCAGGGAUUUUUUAUCGAUGGUGUACAAUAUUCAAAAUGCCUGUUCAAUGGUUCUUGGUCGAAUGUUCCGAAAUGUCAAUCUAUUAUCUGUGAGAAUCCAACUCUACCACCUCAUGCCGAAUUAAAGUACGCAAACUACAAACCGACUAAAUACAUUUUCGGAAAUAUGUUAAUUUAUCAAUGCAUUCCUGGUUAUCGAAUUUAUGGACAAGGAAUAAUACGAUGUCUCUCUAAUGCAAAAUGGUCAAGAAUUCGAGGAAAAUGUGGCAAAAUUUUUUGUGGACCACCUACAUUUUCUGAUCAACUGACAAUUAAGGGGAAUUCAUAUUUUUUUGAAGAUCAGUUAAUUGUCACUUGUAAGAAUGGGGGAAGAAGCGCUAAAAUUAUUUGUAAAAGUGACGGAAAUUGGAGCAAGUUAGUUAAAUGUCACGAAUAGAGAAACCUUCUUUAAAAAAUUUCACAUAAAUGUAAAAAUAAAAAUAGUUUUUCAUAUUUAUGAAUUUUACGAAUUUUAUAAAGAAUACAAAGUUAUAUUUUUAUCCUUAAAAUUAUAAUACAAACAUAAAGAGAAUGAAAUUAAGAAUAAAAAUUAAAAAUAUUUUUAAGUACUUUUAUAUAAUAAAUAAUAUUGUAUUUAUAAUUUAUAUGUAGUAUUAAAUAUUUUGUGCCAUAAAGAAAUAUACAGUCUUUCAAAAAAUAAAAAGCGAACAAAAAUUAAAAUAUUUCGGUUUUUUGUGAAUUCAUUGUUAAAAAUUAAACAUCGUAAAAAAAUAAAUAAAGAAACGCACAAGGGUAGAUUUAUAAAAACAACACUAAAAAUACGAAAAGAAGAAUAAAUUUUUAUUUAAAAAACAGUUUCGAUAAAAUUAUUGAAUCCUGCUUUUCACGAGGCGAUUUCAUUAACAAUAAAAUUCGUCGAUGAUAACAGGAGAGUGUCUCACAGUGAUUGCUUACAAUUACCAUUAAAAUUAUUAAUAUUAUUAUUAGUUAUUUUUUUUUUACCUAUUCUGCAAUUAUUUGUAACAAUCUAGAUUUUGGCAUAAAUACACUCGUAUAUUACAAAUUUGCUCCGUUUUGUGCAUCUUUUUUUGUUGCCACAAAAUGGAGCAUUACACAUUUCUUCUAACUAUAUAAAUACAUUUAAUGAAACGAUUCGAACAAAAAAUGCAAAAACCGUUUAAAAAUAUGUCUCGUAAAAUUUGCGAGAAAAAAAAGUAAAAAAAAUUGUUAUGAGCAUCAUUUAUUUAUUUUUAUUUCUUUAUUACUACUUAAAUCUAGAAAGGAAAGAGAAAACUACACAAUAAAAACUGCAAAAAAAUCAUGCUACGGAAGAACAAUUCACAACAAUUCUUUUAAACUUUUUUUACACUUCAAUAUUUUCUUUUCUUUUAUUGUACAGAAAAAUGUAAAUUUAUACUUUUUUCAAAAAUUUCAAUUAAACUAAAAAUUAAUUUAAACAUUGAGGUUUU